UAAGAAACCCCUUCUCUUUAAACCACACCUCCAGCUGACUAUAAAUUCUUCCUCUCUGAAGGAACGGUGGCAGCCUCACACCAAAAGGGCUAACAGACACACUGAGACAGGGUGUUUUCUCUUUUUUUUUAACGUAGUGCUUGUUUCAGUGUUCACAGUGUUUACAGUGCAUGUUUCCUCGGUAUGUUUUGGCACGGCUGGCCGAGUCUUGACAGAGCUCCAGAAUCACUGUAAGGCUCUCAGAAGGGGGACUGUUGAAUUUGACGGAUCACGGUGAGAAGCAAAAUCGGUGCCUGAGGAGAGAAGAUUCUGGCUCAGAGGCGACUGCAACCAGCUCCAAGAUAAAGGAUAUAACCUUCUGAUGCCUGCCUGAAACACCUUUAACCCUCAUCCUUCCUGUUGCUGCGUUAUUACAUCAAAUAAUACUCCUGUUACUGACUGUAACUUCUAUUACUGCUGUGGAUGCACUACUACUUCCAACACGGUUAUGUUAAGCCAACAAAACAUGUCUACAAAUGCGACAGUUGACCACUGCAAAACACCCAAUUUGGUCACAUAUAAAGCCCUUUCCUGGCUGAUGAUUGGACAGUUCGUGCUGGGUCUUCCUCUCAACCUGUCGGUCCUUUACAUCUUCAUCUUCAGGUUCAAGUUCUGGAAGAACAAAAGUAUCUUCCUGUUCAAUAUUGUGGUUGCUGAUUUCCUGCUGGUGGCCUGUCUUCCUGCCAAGGCCUACCACUACCAGCAUGGCCAGAGACGCAGUCUGAACAGUGUGGUGUGUAAGACGAUGCUCUUCAUGCUGUUUCUCAACCGAGGGGCCAGUAUCGGCUUCCUUAUCACCCUGUCCAUCGAUCGGUACUUCAACGUGGUCCAUCUCGGAAGGAGGAAUUUCGUCAAAGUGUUGAAGAAAACUCCGCAGAUCUCCAUCGUGAUCUGGCUCCUCUUGCUGCCCCUCACCAUCCCCACUAUGGUCAAGACCUUCGAGUGCUGUAACAGCCACGGCCGCGAAGUUGAGACAUAUUUUCACGACGUGACAGACACCUUCAGAGAGGUCGUGUUCUUCACCCAGAUCAUCAUCCCCUUCAUCAUCCUCGUCUACUGCACGGUGCGCAUCGUCAACCGGCUGAGGAAGAAAACCGUCGGGGAAAAGACCAAACUGAGGAGAGCCGUCUGCGUGGUCAUGUCCGUCGUCGUCGUCUUCUCCAUCUGCUUCCUGCCUUGCACUAUAGCCAGAGCGGUGCUGCUCGCUUUCAGGCUGAACAAAUGGCAGGCUGCAGAGGACGUAGCGGUUCAGGUCUACGACAGCCUCAUGGUCCUGUCUUACAUGGACUGCCUGCUGGACCCGCUGGUUUACUGCUUCUGUAACUCAGGGUUUAAAGACGCUUACAUAACCACCUUCUGUCCCACGUUCCUGCAGCAGAAACUGCUUAAUGCUGACUUUGGCAUGAGAAACGGAGCAAUGACGACAACAACAACGUCUGGAGCUAAAACCAUUAUGUUGCCAGUAAUGGAGAAGUGAUUAUUGGGGUUUUUUUCUUUUAAAAUGCCAGUAAAAAUAUUUCAUUGGAAUCAGUGUAUCUACCAGUACACCUUAGCCACACAGACAGCAUAAACACUGCUCCACCCACACAAGUGUUUCUGUGUGUUGGUUAAUUCAACAAUCUGAAGUCAUCAAAUGUCAUUUACUGAGAAGCGGAAACACAAUGCAUACGGCCCCCCCCCCUCCCCAGUACCACACCUCCUAUAUAGCAUUAGUUUCCUGCUCAUGUUUGUGGUUCAUCUGAAGCCGUGCUAGUCUGAGAUGUUUUAUUUUGAAGAUAAGAUAGUAAACUGAUUGUAUUUUUAUAGAUAAAACAAUAUGCUAAACGCAAUUCACGGUGUAGUCGCAUAAUACACAUGAAAAAUGAACUCAUGUGUCUUUUUUGUGUAAUCUGCUGAAAUAUUUUUUUAAUUUUAAUCUUCAAUUAAAGGACAAAUCUAUUUUUUAAUAACCUUUUGUUACAGCUAAAGAACUAUAUAUACUUUCUGCACUUUUUUCCAUGUGAAAUACUGCUUGAUAUAAGAUCAAUAAUGUGCCUUAUAAGACUCGUAAGUUAAAAGUUUACAGCUUUAAAUAUCUGACUGCCCCUCGUAACCGGAAAUGUGUCUUGUUCAGCCAAAAUACCUGCAAACACGGGUGUUGGCGUGCAGGGCAUUUAAGUGGAUCAACAGGGUUGUGUUACCUGGCUUCAUAUUACGUAGCUCUGAGGGCUGCUGCCUCUAAUGUGAGGAUCAGUUUGCAAAAUAAUAAUAUAUAAGGAUAUAAAACAUUGUGUUAGGGUGUAAAUAUACUUCAGCUGCAUGGCUUUAAACAACGUAUACAGUACUUGAAUAUAUUAAGGCAUUUUAAUCAAUCAGAAUGUAUUUCAAACCAGGUGUGAAUGUAUAUUAAUGCAUAAAAUGUCCCUGGAAUAACUAUAAAGCACUCAACAGUAUCAUUAAGUAUAGAAAAGCCCAACAUAGUGUACAGCAACCUGUUGGUACUCUAUGUUAAUCCUUACAGUGUUUGCAGAGCGCUCAUUCGUCGCUCAGGAAACUCUAUAUUUCUGCGUUAAGCAUCGUGUUCAUACCUCAAACCAGUCAGACCUGUCUUCAUCGGAGUUUACCUUUAGUGUCUAACAUAGCGUAACUUCUUAUGACUUUAUUCAACACUGCACAUUUACAGUCCAAUAUCUCACCAUUGCUCCAGGAAACUUUUUGAAGUUGAUUUCCUUCUGUGGUUGUAAUCACUUCCUAAUGUGUGACUGAUGAUUCAUGUUGUUGACUGAUAAGUUUAAUAGUAUGCCUGGUCUUUAAAAGAGGUUAAAAAAUCAACAACCACUACAAAAAUGUCAAACCUAAGUGGACUACAGGAACCUGGAAGGCUGUUAUAAAUAUCCCUCAUUCACACUGUGUACAUUUUUUGUGAUGUUGAUGAUCGAAAUUGAAUUAUUUGUAUAAGAUUGAGAUAGCGAGUGAAGAUAUUUGUAUACUGCUGCUGUAAAUACACAGGAAACAGGUGAUACAGUUAAUAGAGCUGCAUUGCGGUGUGUUUGUGAGUCCUUGAGAGAUUGAAGAAGAUAGUGUCGUCUUUUCUCAGCAAAAAUAUUACUGCAAGAGUGCUGAUACAUAAACACUGAGCAACGAGAUGACAUGCAAAGCUUUUUUCCUUUACAACCGUCUUCCUCUUUUUUUUGAAUGGUGUAACAUUAUUCCAAACAAAAACCACAAAGCAAUACCUCCAUAACCAUGUUGCGCCCCAUACGUCAUUGUAGUGUCAAAAUGUUGACAUUUGCCUUUUUCCACCUCUUAGAAGGAAGGUGUUACAGUUUAUUCAGCUUGUGUAUCUGAAAUGGGUCAAAAGGUCUAAUUCAUUUGUGUCUUUUUGAGACUCUGUCUGUACAGCUGAUGUUGUGGUGUGUACCCUUUGCUCUGGGCAGGCUGUGUGGGUGUUGCAACAGGACAGCUGGUCGGUGGCUGGAGGUUAGCAGCCACCUAGCAGCAACAUCACAACGAAGAAAAGAAGUGUGAAAGCAAAACCAACAAGAGCUAAAAAUAAAACAAAAAAAGUGAA